AGUGUUAAUGACGAGACGCUAGCAUUUUCCAUUCGUACAGUCCGGACGCUAACAGCAAUGUGUAUUUUUUUAUUAGCUUAGCUAAUUAUCAUUUUAACAGAAGUAACCCAGUUGUAGCAGUGAAUUGUCAUAUAGCGUCGAAUAUUGAAUAUUAGCUACAUCUACCCGGUCUUUGAGAGGAUAACCUUCCUGUCAUGUUUGGGAGAGAGGCGGAGGUCAGGCGCGCGGGCUGUCAACAAUGUCCAGCUGAAAAAACGCUACUGGGUCCCCAACUUUCUUGUUAAGACAAACCUGAAUCAUGCCGGGGAAGCUGAAAGCUAAGAUUGUGGCAGGGCGCCACUUACCUGUCAUGGACAGAGCCAGCGACCUCACUGAUGCCUUUGUAGAGGUCAAGUUUGGCAACACAACUUUCAAAACGGACGUCUUCCCCAAGUCACUUAACCCACAGUGGAACUCAGAGUGGUUCAAAUUUGAGGUGGAUGAUGAGGACUUGCAGGAUGAGCCGUUACAAAUCACAGUGUUGGACCAUGACACUUACAGUGCCAACGAUGCAAUAGGGAAGGUCUACAUUGACAUCGACCCUCUGCUCUCCUGCGAGGCUGCUACUGUCAUUUCUGGAUGGUUACCCAUCUACGACACUAUACACGGUAUCAGAGGGGAGAUUAAUGUUCUGGUGAAGGUGGACCUCUUCAAUGACCUGAACCGCUUCAGACAGUCCUCUUGUGGUGUCAAAUUCUUCUGCACAACGUCCAUCCCGAGGUGUUACCGCGUGGCGCUGGUCCAUGGCUUUGUUGAGGAGCUGGUGGUGAACGAGGACCCAGAGUACCAGUGGAUUGACCGCAUCAGAACCCCCAGAGCUUCAAACGAGGCCCGGCAGAGACUCAUCUCUCUCAUGUCUGGUGAGCUGCAGAGGAAGAUAGGUCUGAAAGUGUUGGAGAUGGGUGGUAAUGCGGUGGUGGGGUACCUGCAGUGCUUUGAUCUGGAGGGAGAGUCAGGUCUGGUGGUCCGAGCCAUCGGCACCGCCUGCACUCUGGACAAACUCAGCCCUGGGACUGCUCCCAACACUACCACACACACCAACACACACACACUCCCCAACACCGCCCCCACAUCCAAUGCCUGCAACUCUCCUUCCAAGGACAGCAAAGAGCCCGUGUUCAGUGAGGACCCCCCCCAUUCCCUCUCCGGCCCCCCCACGCCUCUCAGAACCCUUCCUUCCUCCUCUCCUCCUCCCUUCUCUCCAUCCAAGCCAUGCAGUCGCCAGUCCUCCUCCUCAGACACAGACCUCAGUCUGACGCCCAGGAUUGGGAUGGGGAGUGGGGGCAGCGUUGGAAAAGAGGCUGGGCCUCUGAAGACCCUCCUCAGACAACAUACCCAAUCAGCUCUGGAGCAGAGGGAGUUCCCCAUCUUCACAUUGACCUGUUUCCCCCCUGGCUUCUUGGUUCACGUCGGGGGCGUGGUCAGCACCCGCUCGGUCAAGCUGCUUGACCGCAUACACAACCCCGACGAGCCGGAGACGAGGGACGCGUGGUGGGAGGAGAUUCGUCAGGAGAUCAAGUCUCAUGCAAAAGCCCUGGGUUGCCACGCUGUGGUGGGAUACAGCGAGAGCACCAGCAUCUGUGAGGAGGUGUGUAUCCUGUCUGCAUCUGGCACAGCGGCCAUGUUGAAUCCCAGAUUCAUGCGUGAGGGCUGUCUGGACACCGGCGGCAGCGACCACAGGUUAUCACGACAACCACACCCCGGCAUGGUGGGGUCGGAGAGGGGCGAGGGGGAAGUUAGCUCAACCUGGCUAGGGUUUGAGGAUGCGUCGCCCCCUAGCUGCGGGUUUGCUCACAUCCCGUAUGAUGAGUUCAACAUGCCAUUCCCAGCUCAGCUUACAUACUGCUACCACUGUAGGAGACAGAAGGUCCCUGAUGUGCUCUUCACUACCAUAGACCUACCUGCUGAGGCUGAGGUUACUGGGAAGGGCUGCCUCAUACAGGCCAGGUUGUGUCGAACGAAAAAGAAGGCCCAAGGGGAGGUGAAUGCUACAUCCAUCUCUAACCUCCUCCCCUUCAUGGAGUAUGAGCUCCACACACAGCUGAUGAACAAACUCAAACUGCGCUCCAUGAAUGCUCUGUUUGGACUCCGCAUUCAGAUCAGUGUGGGAGAAAACAUGCUCCUGGGACUAGCUUCUGCAACAGGUGUGUACCUGUCAGCGCUGCCAGCUCCAGGUGGUAUCCAAAUAGCUGGAAAGACCCCCAGUGAUCUGAGCUACGACCAACACAUCUCCACCAUGCAGAAACGCAUCGAUGACACCAUCGCCAAGAACAAGGAGCUCUACAACAUACACCCCCCGAAGUUAUUUACGUUGGACCCUGAGGCAUUCAUCGGCCUGAAUACGGAGUGUAUAGAGGAGGUGGUGGGGUCUCCUAUCCCUGACAGACAGCGGUCCAGCAGACUGUUCAGGUCUACCUCUGAGAGUUCAGAUGAGCUGUCCGAACUAGACCUGUCCCACGGCAAGAAGGAUGCUUUUGUACUUGAGAUUGAUGACACUGAUGCAGUAGAGGACAUCCAAUCCCUACUUACUGAUGCCCCCAUACCUGCAGGGUUCUACAGCUGUAACACGGAGGUCAUGCCUGGGAUUCACAACUGGACUUCAGGACUACAGAUGUUUACAUCUGUCCGGGUCUACAGACUCAGUAAUGCCAAUCUGACCAACCAGGGCCUCAACAAGAUCUUUACUGACCUCUGUGAGAACUUGCUCAAAAGUCUAUACUUUAAGCUGCGUUCCAUGAUCCCCUGCUGUCUUUGCCAUCUCAACUUCACUGUAGCCGUACCAGAAGAAGAACUCAUACAGGUGGCGGUGACAGCCGUAGCCAUGAGUUUUGACAAGGAGACUCAGCAGGCAGCAGACAAGGCUCUCACCAGGGGGAGUGGUGAGAAUGAGGAACAGCUCCAGUUUUCUAUGGAGCUGUGUGGAGAGUCAACCAUCUCCAACAACCAGCCUACAGCCAAACCUUCAGGUGUUCCUGAGAGUGCCAUGGUCCACUCGUCUCGAGCUCCCUCGGUUGAUUACGGUUCCUUUGCAGACAGAUGCAGCACCUGGCUAGAGCUGCUUAGGCUGAAAGCUCACACCAUAAGACGAGGAUCAGUUAAGACAAGUAGGAGGACACAGUUGCUAGCACACUCUGUCUCGUCUUCAGAGCGCUGCAGUCCUCUUCCAGAGGGGCGGUCCCGGUCGCUACGCUCCACCAGGUCGUUGCCGUGCGGUGCCCCUGUUACUGUGGUGAAGAUGACUCCUCUGUCCUUCCUUCCCGGGACACGCAUUGUGAAAUACUUGGGAAUCAUCAACAUGUUCUUCAUUAGGGAGACCACAUCACUACGAGAGGAGGGGGGUGUAAGUGGCUUCCUCCAUUCCUUCAUAGCGGAGGUGUUUGCCAUGGUCCGUGCCCAUGUAGCAGCUCUGGGCGGAAAUGCCUUAGUGUCAUACAGCAUGAAGGAGUGUGUCUUCAUGGAAAACCCCAACAAGAACCAGGCUCAGUGUCUGAUUAAUGUUAGUGGUGAUGCUGUUAUAUUCAUCAGAGAAUCAGACCAAGAUGCCAUACCCCCUUUGUUGACCAGCAGACAGACCAGCAGCACUGGGGCUGACGGAACCACUUGACACACAAUUGAGUCUAGCCAUCCAAAUAAUCGUGAUUUGUGUCUGCCUUAAACAGAUGGAACGUCUUAAGGUUAGGUAGGACACCACAAAUUACACAUGCAAACAAACACGCAGUUGACAAAUUGUCUCUCAUUGUCCAUUGAGAUACUCUACAGAAGCCAUUUAGAGAGGCAGUCUGUCAUUUCUCUCUCUGUUGUUGAUAUAAUAGACAUUCCAAAACAUGGUGAAGCUUUAUGCAGCUAAUAGACCUAUCCCUCUCCAUCCAGUCUCAUCAGUCACUAGCCGGCCAUGCUAGAGCGGACAAGGUAUUCAUUAAUAGACAGCUCCGUACAGGGUUAUAGAUGGCCAUGGUAGAGAGAACUAAAUUGUAGAAAUAAGUGUUUUAAUUGUCUGUCAGGCGAUAUUUGGGCUAACACACACGCCCCGUGGACAGCCUCCUGCCAUCCUCCUGGCUUUCAUGACUGCAGCCUUCCAGGUCUCCAUACUACUGAACUCUCCUGUCUUUAACGAUCAUGUAAAUGCUGGAAAACAAACUAAUUGCAAUGACACAUUUUUGUUAAUUGUUUAGAUGCCACUUAUGUUUGUGUAAAUGUGCGCUACAAUCAGAUUUGAGUAUUUUUAUAAUGUAAAAUUAUAUUUGUCAAGUCUAAUGAAAUUCUGGAAGUUUGAUUUAUAUGGUGUAAGAGAAGUAAGGGUACAGUGAUCUGUUCUACUGUUAAUGAAUAUAACCUAUCUCUCUUUCGCUGUAGGACUUGAAUGUACGUACAUACAUACAUGGACUGUGUUGCUUAGUGUCUGCAUGUAUCUGUUAUUGCCAUGACUGUCUGUCUGCUCGUUGCCUGAUGAUCCGUCCUGCACAAUAAACUAAACUAGUCCUGUUGACUAGUCACUUUAUUCCUAGUUAUAUGUACAUGUCUGCCUCAAUGGCCUCAUGUCUCUGCACAUCGACUCGGUGCUGGUACCCCAUGUAUAUAGACACCGUUAUCGCUACUCAUUGUGUAUUUAUUAUUGCGUGUUACUACUUUUCUAUUAUUUCUGUUUUCUUUCCCUCUGCAUUGUUGGGAAGGGCCCGUAACUAUUUUACUGUUAGUCUACACCUGUUGUUUACAAGGCAUGUGAUGAAUAAAAUGUCAUUUGAUACAGUGAAAAA